AUGUCAGAUAUCAAUGAACUCAGUAAAGAAACUGUUCAAGAACUUCUUCAGCUCUACAAACAACUUAAAAGGGACAGUCAAACAACUGAUCAAUUUAAGCCAAUCGAACUCCCCAAAGAAAUUCAUGAUGAUAUAGAAAACGCUUUGAGCAUUUCAAUCAAGCAAAACCUUAAACGCUUUGCAAAAGCCACUCUCCAAUACCAUGGAGGUCGAUGGACUCAGCCAGAAGCUAUCAACGCAGUUUUCAAAUCUAAACUUAAGAAGCACCAAGUGGAAGCCUCUGAAAUGGUGGCAGCCAUUCACAAAGGAGCAGAGUGGAUCAGGACAACCGCCAGAGCCGCAACAGAGAUCUAA